AUGAUAACACCCGAGAGCUGCGUCGCCACGUACGUGGCUGCUAGCCAGUUGCCAGAGGUUGAACAGCUUGUCGGCCAACCACCACUACACCCAGGCCAGGGCUAUCGUCUGCGAAAGUGCCAUGACUAUGGCCUACCACUUCCAGAACACUAUCGCCUCCUUACAACCUACUUCCCUGAGGUCGCAGUCCCUGUUGGAUUGUGUAUCUUCCAUCCACAGUCGCGGCCAAAGUUCCCGCCCGAUGGCUCAUGGCAGGCUGUCAUGUCUACAGAUGGCUUGAAAGAAUUCGUCGACGCGAACCCAGAUCUUCCUAUUGUCGUCAAAGGCACCGAACAGCCCCACUACCUUAUCGCCGAGCUCUUACGCGACCCGAGCAGUAAGGAGGCCAAGUAUGGGCUCACUGCUGAGGGAUACCCCAUUAUUCAGCUCUACACGAUUGGUUUCAACGAGUAUCCUUACGCGUUUGAUCCAGCCACACAUGUCAUCAACGGAGUCCAAUACACUGGCGCUGAGCUUCUCUCGUGGGAGCUUGCUACGUUCAUUUACCGAUAUUGCAAGACGCCCGAAAACGAGCCAGUAGUGACGUACGAGCGCAUUUACAAGAACAUUUACGAACGCCUGCGCAGGCGUGCCAACAACAGGGUUCGUCCUGACUAG